AUGGCUAAUCUGCCUUCCACAAGCCUGCUCGCCCCAAACAAUCAUUUGUGGCUUGUUUUGGAACACACAGAUUGCAGUGAGUCUUCUCUCAAGGAUUUUGUUCAACUUAUGGAAGUUACACAAGAAAAGGUUAACAGUGAGAUUUUAAAGGGCAACCACACUUGGCAACCCGUCUGUGGUAAAGAUGAUAAUAAAUCUGUGUUGGGACUUAGAAAGGAAGAGCAAAUAAAUCUAUUUGCUCUGACCUCUGGGCUUUUUGGGCUUGGGGAGAAAACAGAGGAAGCGGAGCAAAUUUUGCAAAGCAAAAGCCACGAUGAACAGGAACAACCCAACUCGGCCCUCAAUUCCAUCGUCUACCAAGUGAUCGCCACAUCUGCUUCGAUCUUCUCGCAAUGUCAACGUUUGAGUUUUGCAGGCGAAGAAGAAAUUGUAGAAAUGGAGGAGGCCGAUAUUCUUGCAGAGCACACCCAUUUGUGUACCAUCUGUGGUAAAGAGUUCCGCCGAGAUGGGAAUUUGCGCAUUCACAUGCGAUCCCACGGUGAUCAGCAAUACAAAAGCCAUAGAACCCUUACAUCCAGGAGGCCCAAGGAGAGAAGAUCAUAUUAUUCGUGCCCCUUCCAAGGCUGCAGACACAACAGGCAUCAUCCCAGUUUCAAACACUUGAAAUCCAUGGUAUCCCUGAGGAACCAUUACAGAAGAAGCCACUGUGCUAAGAUGUAUGCCUGCAACAACUGUGGAAAGGAGUUUUCUUUUGUGGGAGAUCUGAAAACCCACGGAAACAAGUGCGGGCAUAGCACCUGGCACUGUUCCUGCACUCUCACCUUUUCAAGGAGGGACAAGCUGCUUCGCCAUGUGGCGUUGGGCCGCCAAGGUCAUAAGCCUGUUCCUCCAUCUCCUGCUAUUGUUGCUCCCAACGGGGAGAACUCCGGAGGCAAUGAUAAAACGCUGGAAAAUUCUGCCCAAGACCUUAAUAAUUUUGCAGCACAAGAUUCACCUUUUUUAACGGAAGGCCUGCAUGGUUAUGGUAACGAUCAAGAUGUUUUACUGAUGGGUGUAGGAGUGAACAGCAUAGAAGAAAGUGAAUAUGCCGAUGAGAGGAUGCAGAGUGAGAUUAAUUUCUCAAGCGAAUCGUAUGCAUCUCUGUUUUGGCAGCAUGGGGAUCUGCUUUGGCUCUAG